ACGCCCCGUUGCAAGACGCCGACGCAGGGAAAGACGCCAGAAAGGGUCGUCGUCGUUACUGCGCCGCAGCUGCUCCCUCGCCUAGGAGGAGGAGGAGGAGAACGAUGGCCUUCGCCUGGAGUUUCCUCUGCGUCCUUCUGGGUCUCCUGCUGCCGCCCGGCGGUUCCUCUGAACAGUGUGAGGCUUACAAAGAUCCUGAUGGACGUUGGCAUCCACAGCAGAUUUGCUCAAAAUUUUGUUGUGGGACCUGCACGGAUCGUUAUUGUUGCUCAGACCCCUUUGACAAAAAUUACCAGUUUCUAUGUUCCUUGGAAAGUCCAUCUUUCAAGCCUGAGCCAUUCAAGAUAGACCCAGAUUUUGAAGAUCUAUAUACAGCUGAUUACAGUGGGACGUUUAUAGCAAUUGGCAUUUCGAUUUUCGUCGUGUUUGUAGUAGGCAUCAUUCUCUGCUUCACCUGCUCGUGUUGCUGCCUGUAUAAAGCCUGCCGAAGGAGACCACAGCCUGUUGUGACCACAGCCACAACUGUGGUGCAGGUGCCUUACCCUCAGCAGCCUGGGGCACCAGUUACUUAUGCUGGAGGAGCAUACCAAGGAUACAAUCCACUGCCGGUACAGCCCCAGCCUGGAAUGCCAGCAGCACCCUACCCAACCCAGUACCCUCCACCCUAUCCUACGCAUCCUAUAAGACCACCGCCAUACCAGGAAACAGUGCCAGCUGGUGCCUCAGCUCCUCCAGCUCAACCCCCUUAUAAUCCAGCAUACAUGGAUCCUCCAAAGGCUCCCUAUUAAAUGGACUUUUGCUGUUGUGUGUCUGUUUGGAAGCCUCUUCAAAUUGCCUUUUUCAUGUGGAGUUCUUUCUGAAGAUGAUAUUCUGAUAUACCUGUUUGGAGGGGUGGGUCACAGUUUUGAGAAGUGAAAUAUAUUCAAACAAUUAAAAGAUGACUUUUUUGGGGGGGAAAAAGGGUGUGGGGGGGAGUUGUGUGAAUCUAAGAAAGAACUUAAAAAGUAAGCAUUGGGAAUAUAAUUGAACUAAAUAGGGACAAUCAUUUGAGGGAUUAUUUUGGCAUUAUUUCAUCAAAAUCAAUUUAAAAUGGGCUAAUCUCUUUCCAGUUUAGUACGGAAGAGUAACAUCUGAUGUGAAACACUAUGUUUUCUAAGUAAAUAGGGAAAUAACUCUUUAGCAAGAAAUGGGGCAUGUUGGUCAAUAAUCCCCUUGUUUUUGUCCAUUACACAGCAGUUGCAUAGUCUUUCAGUAUCAAAUAUUUGAAUAUUCAAAUAUACUGUAGUAUCAAAUGCAUAUAUUUGAAUUUCAUUGGAGUUUUGUCACUAUACCAAAAAAAAUAUCUUUUGUAUUCUCUAUUGCAUGGAGAUUGUUGAAUGGGAUCAUUUAUCAGCUUUCUGUCUUCUGCAGCAAAAUAUUACAGCAUGUUGUGCUCUUAUAAAAGAAGACAGGGACUCGGACCAAACAAAGGUAAAUAAGGUGGUGACCUCCUCUACUUUUAUCUAUAAUUCCCAGAAUCCCUUGCCUUUAGCAUCCAGAGGCUGCUGGGAAUUUAAAUACAGCUGGAGGGACAUUAAAUUACAUAGCCCUGCUCUAGGCUAUUUAAAUGGGAUAUUUCAUUCCUCCCCACAUUAACCAUUUUUCUUACCUAACUGACAAACAGUUUCCUAUAGGCACGUAUAGUUUUAUAAAGUGGUAUUUUGAUUAGAGUCUCACCAGCCUGAAUGUACUAUUAGAAGGAGGAAAUAUCACAGCAAUGUUUCAUUUUAAAUGCAUGUUUUGCUACCAUUUCAGAAUAAAUCCAUUUCUCAAUUGAAAGUAAUUUUUCAACUACUUAAGGGGAAAGAGAGAAAGAAAGGUGAAUUUCUGUCUUGAAAUAAACAUUAUCUGUAAUACCUUUGGCAUCCUAGAGACUUGUAUGAAAGUGGAAACAUUUCAAAACUUUUUACACAUGGAAGUAAUUUGAUAUGGAAGAAAGCCUAACCCUGGGCUAACACCCCAGGAUAGAGAUGUCUUCCAAUUUCUGCAUAGCUAAACCAAUCCAAAGGAAAACAAC